AUCAUGACGAAGUAACAAUAUGAAUCAGAAGUUUACCGACCAAAAUAAAGAUCAACAAAGUAAUAGUCUAAAAUAAAAGGGAAAAUAAGUUAUAUGAUUUCUAAGUUUUCACCUAAGCAUCACUUCAGAAAUAAAAUUUAAUCAAGCAAAAAUAUUUAAAUAAAUUUUCUCCCUCCCCCACUCUCUCUCUCUGCCCAUACUCUUCCACCUCCUUGUCUCCCUAAAGAACAUUUUGACCAAAAUUAGAACAAAGUUUCACAUCACAAAGAGUCAAUGGGCACAAUUUAAACCGAAGUCUAGAGAUUAAGGACUAGAUUGAAAUAACCAUAAAACAAUGAAGGUAUGAUAGCAUUUUCACAGGACAAAAGGCAUAUGCUUUUAGUAUGAGUGAGUGGAACAGUAGAACAGGAUCACAGCGUGGCCAAGUGGAAGCACCCAAAUUCGUGGCUUUUGGAAGGGAAUAAAUCAGGUGAGAAAGAGAAAAAAGAGCGCCAAUAACAUGAAAGAAAGAGUCUAAGCUCGGAGUCUUUGAUCUCAACCCAUGGCUGCUUUCCUGGUGGCUGAGUUGUUUUCAAAAUGUAUUACCAAAAACUUCCCUGCUGCGUAUAUAUAAACAUAUUUCAAAGUGAUCCAAAUCAAUCAACCCAUUUCCCAGUUUCAUUCCAAUCCUCCCUUUUUCUCUUUCUUUCUCUCAAUGGGAAAUUACAGAGUUUGUCUCUGUUUCAUUAGAAGAUUUAAGAUGUCCAAAGAAGAGCCUCCACCAGAAGUCAAAGACGCAUUUAUCAAAUAUACCGGUGGCACCUCCGCCAAUAUGACCGCCGAGCAGCUGCGGUCGUUUCUGGUUGAAUUUCAAGGAGAUCAGACGGCAUCACUGGCCGAUGCUCAACGGAUUGUUGAGCACGUGCUGCAGCGGCGGCAUCACGUGAUCUCUAAACUCACGAGACAUACUCUCACUCUUGAUGAUUUCUAUUACUAUCUCUUCUCUAUGGAUCUCAAUCCACCAGUUUCUGAUCAGGUUCAUCAGGAUAUGAGAGCUCCAUUGUCCCACUAUUACAUUUACACAAGCCACAACACAUACUUGACUGGGAAUCAAUUGAGCAGUGAUUCAAGCGAUGUUCCGAUUAUAAAUGCACUGAAGAGCGGCGUGAGAGUUGUGGAGCUUGAUUUGUGGCCGAAUUCUGAACAAGAUGACAUAGAUGUUCUUCAUGGAAGGACCUUGACAACACCUGUGGAAUUUGUUAGAUGUCUCAAAUCUAUUAAAGAGAACGCUUUCAUAGCAUCACCAUAUCCUGUUAUAAUCACUCUAGAAGACCACCUAACUCCUGAUCUUCAAGCUAAAGCAGCUGAGAACAUAAAGGAAACAUUUGGAGACAUGCUGUUCUUUCCAGAAGCGGAAUAUCUACAGGAAUUCCCUUCUCCAGAAGAAUUGAAGUAUCGGAUCAUCAUUUCAACUAAGCCCCCUAAAGAAUACCUCAGAUCCAAAAAUGUGAAAGGGGAGACUUCAUUCAGUGAUGAUGAAACUGACGAUGACGAUGGGGUUGACACGGUCUGCUUUUAUCUUGAUGAAGUAUACAACUCCAUUGGGUUGCAGAGCGAGAGUGAAUCCACCGAGAGUGACGACAGUGAUUACGAAUCUUACGCUACAGGUGUAUCGGAAUACAAACGUCUAAUAGCCAUUCAUGCUGGAAAACCGAAGGGAGGUUUGAAGGAAGCUCUAAAAGUUGGAGCUGCUAAGGUUAGACGCCUUAGCUUGAGUGAAAAGGCAGUAAAAAAGGCAACUAAAUCUCAUGGAAUGGAUGUCAUAAGAUUCACCCAGACGAACAUGUUAAGGAUAUAUCCAAAGGGAACUCGAGUAAACUCUUCGAACUACAAGCCACAGACUGCUUGGUUACAUGGGGCCCAGAUGGUUGCAUUCAAUAUGCAGGGACAUGGAAGGUCUCUCAGCUUAAUGCGUGGGAUGUUUCGAUCGAACGGAGGUUGUGGUUAUGUGAAAAAACCUGACUUUCUACUAACAGUUGAUCCCCAUGGCAAGGUGUUUGAUCCUAAUGCAAAUUUGCCAGUUAAAAAAACUAUGAAGGUGAAAAUCUACAUGGGUGUUGGCUGGAAUUUGGAUUUUGAAAGGUCCCACUUUCAUUUAUACUCCCCUCCCGACUUCUACACACGGAUUGGAAUUGCAGGAGCUCCAGCUGAUGAGAUAAUAAAGAAAACAGAUAUCAAAGAGGAGACUUGGAGCCCUGUUUGGAACAAAGAGUUUUCGUUUCCUUUGACCAUUCCUGAACUGGCUUUACUUCGAAUUGAAGUGUAUAGCUAUAACAUUUCAGAUAAGAAUGUUUUUGGAGGACAAAACUGUCUGCCCGUUCCUGAAGUGAAGCCAGGCAUCCAUGCUGUUCCCCUUUUUGACCGUAAAGGAUCAAAGUACAGUUCUGUAAAGCUUCUAAUGCGCUUCGAGUUUUCCUGAGAAUACGAUUUCUUUUCCUUUAGAAACAUCUCAGAGGAGUGAGUUUUUUCUGUCAGCCGUUGUUCGUGGUGGGGUUCGUUGUUGUUCCUUGACCAGAAUGAGCUGGAUUUACAUCGAAUAUGGGGUCUUCCACUUUUCUCUCCUCUUUUUCCCUUUCCUUCUUUGAUGCCUCUGUAAUAUUAUAAAAUCAGAUUCCUUCUUCCUAAAGAGUGAUUAUUCUUGUAAAGCAAAGUAGAGCCGCGAGAAUAAAUGGAUCUAUGAACAGAA